AUUAUUCUGAAGCACCUACAUUACAGUUUCCUUCAAUAGCGGCAAAAUAUUAUUUUGUUUUUGUGCGUUAGAUGGCGCGAUUAAAUAAGUGUUUCUCAUCUAUGUGAAACCCAGAGAAUCGUGUAACUUUAUUUCCUUUCCUAUCAUUAACUUUAUAGGCUAUAUUUCUUUUACUUUGGAGUGUUCAAUACGCAUGGUUUAUCCAAAUUAGUGUUGUACGUGUCAAUCUAAAUAUGCCUAAAGAAAAGGAGUCGUUAUAUACCCGAAAAUACCGAGUUGCUUGGGAAUCCGAUGCUGAACUUAAAGGAUGGAUUGGUCCUGUAUUAGCAGAUGAGACAAAGUCGCUUUGUAAGAUAUGUAAAUGUACUUUAGCUGCACAUAAAAAAGACUUACUGCUUCACGGUAAAAGUAAGAAACAUCAAGAGGCGGAGAAAAGAUCUUUGGCUGGCCCGAGUAAAAAAAUUACUGAGUUUAUGAAAAAAGGUUUGACCGCCAGCAGGAAAAUAGCAGAAUUAAAAAUUGCUGCAUUCAUAUGUGAGCACUGCUCACUUGCAACAAUUGAUCAUCUUGGAUCACUUUUAAAAAAUUUAGAUAAAUCAUCUGAAAUAUUAAAUGACGUUAAAUUACACAGAACUAAAUGUACAUCUUUAAUAUUGAAUGUGUUGGCUCCUUCAAUACUAAAUGACUUACUUUUGGAUGUUGCAGAUAGUAAAUAUUCAUUGAUUAUAGAUGAGAGCACUGCAGUCGAUUCCACAAAAAUGCUAUGCGUUAUGAUAAAAUAUUUUAGUAAAAAGCAAACUAAGAUUGUUACGACUUUCUACAAACUUAUCGAAAUUGAAAAGGGAGAUGCCAUAACUAUCUCGGCUGCGGUGACAAAACAACUGGAGCUAGACGGUUUAAAAUUAGGGAAUCUAAUAGGAAUCGGUGUUGAUGGAGCCAAUGUUAUGGUUGGAGCGCAUAAUUCAGUAGCUUCUUUUUUGAAAGCAAAGAAUAAUGAACUUGUUAUUAUUAAGUGCGUCUGUCAUUCUCUGCAUUUGGCAGCAGAGUAUGCAUUUAAACUUCUACCUCGUCAUUUGGACUUUAUAAUCAAGGAAUGCCACAAUUGGUUCUCUUGUAGUACAAAAAGGCAAAUAGCAUACAAACAAAUAUUUGAAACACUGACGGAUCAAAAACCACUAAAAAUUGACCAACUAUCAGGAACCAGAUGGCUAGCCAGAUACAAUGCGAUAGUUAAAAUUCUAGAACAAUGGGAUGCAUUAAAAAUACACUUUGGUAUAGUAAAAGAUAAUGAAAGGUGUUAUAUGGCUGAACAGCUGUUUCAAAUGUUAUCGGACCAAACUAAUGUAUUAUAUUUCACCUUUUUGAGUUGGACAUUGAAAGAAAUAAUUAGAGUUAAUGAACUGUUUCAGUCAGAGUGUGCAGAUCCACUGAAAUUAAUUUAA